AAGUUUUGGUGAUUACUAAUUAUCGCAAUGGUCCAGUUCAGUAAUCAAGAAAUGAUAGUUAUGCAUUUCGUUUACGUAAUGACUCUGGGAAGACCCGCAAGUGUAAGGACCAUCCAAAUCGAAGAUGAUGUGCUUAAUAGAAUUGAAGAGGACCCUACAACAAGUACACGAAAAAUUGCUUACCAGCUUAAUUUAAAUCAUGUAACGGUAUGGCAAAUUUGGAAAUAUCAGCAACUUUGUCCAUAUCAUUUACAUGUACAAGCUCCUUUGAUUUUGAGUUUUGCCUAUAACAGUUGAUUUCAGCAA